AUGGCGACCUCUAGUAGCGGCAACCAGACUAGAUACUUCACGGAUUCUACAAUCCGUGAAGUAAUCUACACCUAUAAACUGGCAAAUAAGAAAGUAUACAUGUCUUCUGCUUUACAAAAAAAGUCGCUAGUUGUCGAGAAAAUGAAAAGAAUUUACGUCUACAUUCAUGGUCAAACCGCUAGUAAAUUGAUCACUCAUGUUCCGGACAUAGUUAUUAAGCAGGGUCUUCAGAAGAAGAUACCUUACACUCGUCCUAUGUUUGGCGUACUCAUGUUUGUAGAUGUCUCAGGUUUCACUGCCCUAUGUGAGAAGUAUGGCAUGGAGGCUAAAAAAGGUUGUGGCUCCGACGCCUUGACUAAAACUCUAAAUGAGUACAUGGGUGCUAUAGUUGAGAAUAUACUGGACUCUAAUGGUGACGUCAUCAAGUUUGCAGGAGACGCUAUUCUCUCUUUCUGGGAAACAACAACGAAGACAGCCCUCAACGGUCUAGUCAGUGCUUUAAAAUGUGGAAUGAAAAUACAAAAAAAAUGCGACAAUUGGGACACGGAGGUUGGAGUGAAACUACGAGUUAAGAUAGGAGUGGCAGUUGGACCACUGUACGCAACGUUCAUAGGGAACAAAGACAGUCAACAGUUUGUGAUGUCAGGUCCAUGUAUCAAUAAUGUACGAGACGCGGAGAACGCGGCAAGUGCAGGACUGCUUGUCUUGUCACCCAAGACUUGGAAAGUUUGUCCCGAUAAGAAAAGAAUGACGUAUGCAUUGAUGAGAGAUUCGGAACAUGUAAAGGUUCUGAACAUUACCAAGGACUGGGGAAAGGAAUACGACCCGUCGAAGUCAAAGGUCGUUUCCGCCGUCAGUUACUUCACGAAGAAAAGUAACUCAAAUUUUAACAACGCGUUGCCACGGAAACGACAGCACAUCGAUACUAUUGUGCGUAAAGGAAUGCUGGAACCUUACGUAGCGGCGCCUGUAAUUAACAAGAUAGAGGAAAAUCAGCCACUGGAAUAUCUGUGUGAACUUCGACAAGUCUCCAUCGUCUUCAUCAAUCUCACUUUAACUAGCGUUCCUAAAGAAGUCGAGUGUUUUAUUCUUCAAGACGCUUUCGAUGCUAUCAAUGAGACAGUGGUUCAGUUUCAAGGAUGCUUGAACAAAGUAUUCAUGUUCGAUAAGGGAUGUACAUUCCUCGUCAUCUUUGGUCUCCCUGGUUACAAACACGAGAACGAGUGUGCGCAUGCGCUUCAAUGUUCUCACAGAAUCAGAGAGCGUAUUGAAUCCAUCGACAAAAUCAUACGUGCUUCAAUUGGCGUUACUACUGGCAACGUGUUUUGUGGUGUGGUUGGUCACCCGGACAGGCAUGAGUACACUGGUAUGUCAAUCCUAACACAACUUAUACAGUACUAG